GUUAAUCUAGCUUUUAAUUUCCAGUUUUGAAAGUGUUUGUGCUUUGCUUGUGUUAGACUUGGUAUUGUUUUCUAAGUGUGUGUAGGGAGGUGCAUGACCCGGAGCAAUCCGAUACCUUUGCUACCAAGUGACGAGGACAUAAACCGAACUCUCCGACUCCUAGCACGGGAGAGGGAGCUAGCGGAGGCAAGGAGUAGAAGUGAAGAGAGGGGACAACAAUUUGGUCCCGGUGUUAGAGGAGUAGAAGUUGAAGAAGUGGAAGGUGAACCCGACAUUGGAGUAGAAAUGGCGGGGAACCAAAGAGAAGUAGGAGCCGCCCAAGAUCGUAACCUCAAUGAUGCGGCGACAGAAGAGGAAAUCCCGCGGAAAAUGGGAUAUUAUAUGGCCCACGGCCGGCGGACAUUCAAUCGCCGAUCUUGCACCCUCCCGUGGCGGCCAACAAUUUCGAGAUCAAGCCGGAUCUAUUGACCAUGAUACAGAACAAAGCUUUGUUCCACGGUUAUUCGACCGAGUCACCAAGAGAGCAUGUGCAAAGAUUCCUGGAGCUCGCGGGGAGCUUGAAAAUCAAUGGCAUGCCGGAUG